GAAGAAGAAGACAAAGUAACUUGCCCAUCAUCAUGCAACUUACAAGCGUUGGAGCUAAAAUUCAGUCAUGUAGUCAUGUGCAAACUCCGGACUUCGUCAGCAGAUGAGUAGAUCUGGGUCCCCAUCCUGGCUCUGCUGUCCUAGCCGCUAGAUGUGAUACCUGUGCAUGUGGUUUCACCCCUCGGAGCCUUCAUGUCACCUAUAACAUGUGUUUGACAAUAACUCUCUCAGAGAGUUGUUGAGGGAUUUCAGUGAGGGAAAAAAGAUGUAAUAUGGCUGGCACCAAGAGACAGGCAAGGUAAGAAAGUCAGCCACCGCCCCUAAUUACCUCUUUCCCUCCCCUCUCUUUGUGGAGGGCGGGGUGGAGGGGAGGGAAGAGAAGGGUAAACUCGUGCCUGCAUUGAGGUGCACAGGCUGGACUCUCAAGCUUAGCUGACCUAAGUAAGGAACAGCACGAGCUGAAGCACCACAUGGCCCAAAGAGAUCCCACCCAGGGAGUGGCUCAGAUGCUUCUAGCACAGACGUGCGUCCUCUCCUGUGUGGGAGGUAGGGGUGGAGUUGGGUCAGGAAGAUCUCACCACAGCUUAGAAGCAGCCACUCUGGCUUGUGGGGAGAGCCCUGUGAGGUUGCUUCUCGCCUGCCCGCUCUCGCUCUGCUGGCCCCGACACACGCACCGAGACCAUGGGUACCUUCCAGGGACACUUGCUGGCAGGGAUACUGCUCCUCGGCUUCUCUCUCUACUACUCAGUGAUGGUGUCCUUGGCCCUGCUACGGGGACAGAGGUUUCUCAGCCCCCCUCUGCCCCCAAGGGAGAAGCGAGGACACAGGUGGUGGCAGCUGAUACCCGUACAAGGGGUGAUAAAGCUGGUCAUCUCCCUGGGUGGCAUCAUUCCUGAGUUCUUCUACCCCCCAGGAGUAAACCGGAUGAGGAUAGUAGACUGGGAGGACCCUCGGCGGCCAUUCGUGUUCUAUGACAACUGGGACCAUGUCACCAUGUACGGGUUUUUCAUGCUCAGCGGCGCGGUGGACAUUGUGAGCCAGGCGUGUCGAGCGUGGCAGAAUGCAAAGCUGGAGCGAGCAGCCGAGGCCCUGGCCUUCUGUGUGCUGACACUGCUGAUGGCUGCCCACCUUGAGAACAAGGGCGCCUUGGAGAUCCGCGUGCAUGUGCUCUUCAUAGUGCCCACCUUCCUGGUCAGCCUGGUGCUCACCAUCGAGGUCUGGGUCCCUGACCAGCCCACGCUCUGGGUGCUCAAGACCUGGAUGGGGCUGGUGCUCAGCAGCUGGAUGCUGCAGCUCUCUGUGAUGAUGUACGUUCCUCCGUCCGGGCAGCCCUGGAGAGCAGAAAACCCCGGGGACCUCGCCUUCCUCACUAUCUUCUUCUGCUGGUACCUGGGCUUGGGGGCCACCACGCUGGCCGCUGUCUACGGGCUCUGCAGCCUCUGGCACCAUCGCUUCUCCUCCUGGACGGAGGUCCCAGGUGCCAAGUACCAGCCGUGUCCCAGAGGCUACGGCAACGAAGAGCUGGAGAAGCUGGGGGCGGAGGCCAUGCUGCAGGAUGGGGGCGUCUAGGUGUAGAACCCGUCUUUGUGCUGUGCCUGUUGUAACGAGAGUUUGGAGGUGCCCACAGUGCACGUAGUCUGGAAAUGUCCUGGGAUCGACAAUGGGGCUUUCUGUCACAGGAGUCACCUUCCUUGUUCCUAAAUAAACCUUCCAGCUUCGGAUGUCUUCGAUCUGUUACUCUGCUCUCUCCAGGUCUGCCUCUUUCCUGCCUCAUGACGUCACUCUUCGCUCUGGUUCCUGCCCAUGGACUUACCUGACGUGAGGACAAGGAGUAGGGCUUUUCUCUGAUAGCUUUUGGGAUCCAAGAGGAGGCGACGAAAUGAGGAAAUAGAGGGAGAUGGAGAGUCA